CCGAGGACUGGCGUCCGGUAUCCUCGUAUCCUGUAAAUAAUGCAAGGCGAAGAAAAGUUCUUUUCGAGCGGCUUGUUCUCAGGUGGAAAUUGUGACCAUGAACUUGUUGGAGAAAAGAGCAAUGAUGGUAAAAUUGUCCUUUGUGGGAGAGAGAAGAAACGAAAGCCGAGAGGUUAAUUCCGGAAGGGAAGGAAGGGAAGGGAAUCGCCCGGUGGAUCCGGGGUGGUGAGCCGUAGAACGGAAUCUUCUCUGGAGGAAGGGCCGGGUCCCUGGCCAGGCGAAGCCCACGGUGGGGAGGCACAGCCGCCCCUGCUUUACCAGGAGUCGAUCGGCCAGGCUCACGGGGAAAAGGGAAGGAAGGUGUGGAAGAAUAUCAAGUGACAACCGAAGAAACCGGACUCUGGAAAGAAAAACGAGCCGAACAGGGGAGAAAACUGUCUGCCUGAUGUUUUUGUUCUUUUGUUUCAUGGAAUGUAAAAUGAACCUAUCUAUCAGGGUAUACCGGAACCACAAAAUGAAGGGAUCUGCCCAAGACAGGAGUUAGGAUGAAAGUCUGCCCUAGAUGAAAACGACUUGGCCGAUUUCUCCUCCUAUGUAACCUUAGGCGUUGGGUCCCUGCCUGGCCUAGGUGAAUCCCAUCCUGGAGACGUAUGGAGUCAGUUGCUUCACUGCACCUCAGCCUGGCGGCCUCUCUUCUCUCCCCCUUCCUCAGCCUGUGUGCACUGGUCUCAGGCCAGUUUUCUGUUGUGGGGCCAACUGAUCCCAUCCAGACUAUGGUGGGAGAAAACACCACAUUACACUGCCACCUGUCACCUGAGAAAAAUGCUGAGGACAUGGAGGUACGGUGGUUUCGGUCUCAGUUCUCCUCUGCCGUGCUGGUGUAUAAGGGCAGGCAAGAGAGAACAGAGGAACAGAUGGAGGAAUAUCAAGGAAGAACCACCUUUGUAAGCAAAGACAUCAACAAGGGAAGCGUGGCAUUGAUUAUUCACAGUGUCACAGCCCAUGACAAUGGCAUCUAUCACUGUUACUUCCAAGAAGGCUGGUCCUAUGAUGAGGCUGUCAUGCGCCUUGUGGUGACCAGCAUGGGCUCUAAGCCUCUCAUUGAAAUGAAUGGCCAUGAAGAUGGAGGCAUCCUGCUGGAGUGCACAUCUGGAGGGUGGUACCCAGAACCCCAUGCGGUAUGGAGAGACCCAUAUGAUGAGGUCAUACCUUCCUUGGAGGAGUCUUAUGCUGCUGACAGUGAUGGUCUCUUCAUGGUCACCAUGACUGUGAUCAUCAGAGACUGUUCUGUGAGGAAUAUGACAUGCUCCAUCAACAACACUCUGCUUAGACAGGAGAUGAGAAGUGUGAUUUUCAUUCCAGCUCCACUUUCAGAAUCCUUCAUGCCCAGCCUAUCUUCCUGGAUGGUGGUCCUGACUGUCAUCUUGCCUGUUCUGAUCCUCCUAAUAUCUGGAAGCAUCUGUUUCAUCAAGAAACUACACAGCAGAAAGGAAAGUCUGUCAGCAGAAAAAGAGGUUGAAUAUGAAGAAAAAGAAAUUGCACAUAAGGAACUGGAACAACUUCAAGAGGAACUGCGAUGGAGAAGAACUCUCUUAAUUGCUGCUGAUGUGGUUCUGGAUCCAGAUACUGCUCAUCCUGAGCUCUUUCUGUCAGAGGACUGGAGAAGUGUGAGACGGGGUCUUUCUCGGCAGAGCUUGCCUGAUAACCCAGAGAGGUUUGAUUGUCGGCCUUGUGUCUUGGGCCAGGAGAUCUUCUCAUCCGGGAGACAUUACUGGGAGGUGGAGGUUGAAAAUGUAAUGGUGUGGGCUGUUGGAGUUUGUAGAGACAGUGUGGAGAGGAAAGGAGAGGCCUUGCUGCUUCCUCAGAAUGGCUUUUGGACCCUCGAGAUGUUUGGGAACCAGUACCGGGCUCUGUCCUCCCCUGAGAAGAUUCUUCCUCUGAAAGAGCGCCUCCGCCGUGUGGCCAUCUUCCUGGACUAUGAAGCUGGAGAUGUUUCCUUCUACAACAUGCGGGACAGGUCACACAUCUACACAUGUCCCCGUUCAAACUUUUCUGGUCCUCUGAGACCCUUUUUUAGGCUGGGUUCUGAUGACAGUCCACUCUUCAUCUGCCCAGCGUUCAGAGGGGCUCAGGGGGUCACAGUGCCUGAAGGGGGGCUCAUUUUACACAGAGCAGGGACCCACCAUCACCCACAGAACCAAUUUCUUGGUCUCAGACUCAUGUAUCUGCUCACCUUCAUGCUCCUGCAGCUGCCCAAGCUGGAUUCAGCUUCCUUUGAUGUGAUUGGACCCCAGGAACCCAUCCUUGCUGUGGUGGGUACAGACACCCAGCUGCCUUGUCAUCUCUCCCCAAACGUGAGUGCAGAGCACAUGGAGCUACGAUGGUUCAGACAAACGUUGUCACCGGCAGUGUUUCUGUACCAAAACCAGCAGGAGCAGGUCAGGGAGCAGAUGCCUGAGUACCAAGGGAGGGUGACCCUGGUGAAGGACAACAUCACCACUGGACAUGCUGCUGUGAGGAUACAUGGUGUCAGGGCCUCAGAUGAUGGGGAGUACCGAUGCUUUUUCAGGGAGAAUGAAAGCUAUGAAGAGGCUAUUGUGCAUCUGAAAGUGGCUGCUCUAGGCUCCGAUCCUCAUAUCAGUAUGGAAGUUCAAGACAGUGGACAAGUGCAGCUAGAGUGCACCUCAGUGGGGUGGUAUCCAGAACCCCAGGUGCAGUGGAGAACUUCCACAGGAGAGACGUUAUUAUCCAGGUCAGUGUCCAAGAAUCCUGAUGAAGAAGGCCUAUUCACUGUGGUAGCUUCAGUGAUCAUUGGAAGUGACUCCAUAGAGAAUGUGUCCUGCUCUAUCCAGAAUCUCCUUCUUGGACAGGAGAAGGAAGCAAGAAUUUCCAUACCAGCUCCCUUCUUCCCAAGACUGACUCCCUGGAUAGUGUGUGUGGCUGUUGUGCUAAUCGUCUUAGGACUUCUCACCAUUGGCUCUAUAUUUUUUAUUUGGAGAUUGUACAAGGAAAGAGAGAGGACGAGUAAAUUCAGUUCUACAGAGAAACUACUAGAAGAACUCAAAUGGAAAAAGGCUACAUUGCAUGCAGUUGAUGUGACUCUAGAUCCAGACACAGCCCAUCCUCACCUCUUUCUGUAUGAAGACUCAAAAUCUGUUCGACUGGAAGAUUCACGCCAGAAACUGCCUGACAAACCAGAGAGAUUUGACUCCUGGCCCUGUGUGUUAGGCCGUGAGACUUUCACUUCGGGAAGUCAUUACUGGGAGGUGGAAGUGGGAGACAGGACCGAUUGGGCAAUCGGUGUGUGUAGAGAGAAUGUGAUAAAGAAAGGAUCUGAUCCCAUGACUCCUGAAAAUGGGUUCUGGGCUGUGGAAUUGUAUGGAAAUAGAUACUGGGCCCUUACAGCACUGCGUACCCCUCUCCCAUUAACAGGAUCGCCGCGCCGUGUUGGAAUUUUCCUGGACUAUGAAUCAGGAAACAUCUCUUUCUAUAACAUGACUGAUGGAUCUCAUAUCUAUACUUUCCCCAGCAUUUCUUUCUCUGGCCCCCUCCGGCCAUUCUUUUGCCUAUGGUCCUGUGGUGAAAAGCCCUUGACCAUCUGUCCAGUUGUUGAUAGGCCUGAGGGGGUUAUAGUCGUUGCUAACAGCCAGGACCUUUCUAAGGAUAUCCCUUUGUCCCCUAUGGGGGAGGAUUCUGCCUCUGGAGAUACCGACACCCUCCAUUCUAAACUAAUCCCUUCCCAAUCCAACCAAGGGCUACCUUAAGAAAAAUCCCUGUUCAACUGUUUUCUUUUGCUCUAAUUCCUCUCCUCCAUCACCCCAAGGUUUCAGCUGACAGCUUCACAUAGUCCCUGUUUCUUCCUGUUGGGUUUUGAUUACUUCAUUUUAGGAAGG